AUGAAUCCACCGGAGUUAGAUCAUUGUCUAUUCUAUAAUUGGUUAACAAAUGAUUUUGCUGAUUUAUAUUCGAAAGCUCAAACUGUUUGUUCACUAGUUCUUGUUCCAUCAUCAAACGUUACAAAACAUGAUUGUAACAGAGAAUUUAUUGAAUCACAUUUAUUUCGUUCAUCGGCAUUAUUUAAAGGAAAACACACUAGUCUCAAUCAAAAGUAUGAAAUAUCAAUUGAAGAUAAUCGCACAAUUUAUAUUCAUAAACCAGUAACAGAUAAAUUAAUUAAGAUACUCGAUCAAGAAAAUGUUUUUGACAGUUUAACACAUCGUUCAUACAUCCUGUUAAUCAUUGAUCGACCAUUGAAUUCUACCUCAUCAUUUAUACCACUAAUACCAACGAAAUCAGCAUUCAAAUUCCAACCAACAACAGCUAACUAUGAAACAGCAUUCAUCUUUUUGGAUUCUCUAAGACCGAUUGAAGAUUUAUUUACAAAAUUACGAACUAGCUUACUUCUAUUCGCCGAAACAUAUGUCAUCUUACCGAAUUUUAUUGAUGAUGCUGUUGAUAAAUUAAAGCACUUAUGGAUAACAUUUGUUAAUGAAGCGUGUCAAAUAUUAAAUAUCGAUUCAUCGAGAAAACAACAUUAUGAACAGUUGACAACACGACAAGAUAUUGAAUUAGCGAGUGAAAUAUUUAUAACAGGAA